GUCAAAUUUAAAGUCAUGUCAAAAAGGAAAAAAGAACAGCGCCGGGAUAUUGUGCGGUUCGGUACCGACUGUAACGCGUGAUACUUAUUUCGCACAGAUCGCGUCAUAUGGGCCAAAGUAAAUGAAAGACCACGGAGUUCGUAAAUAAAACAUCGCUUCGGAAAACCAAUCUCUUGUUAGUAUUUUUAACUUGUUUACGUCGAAGCGCUCGAGUUGCAGUCAAGAGGAGACGACAGGUGAGCUGCGGGCGGAUGAAUGAGUGUCUGUGGUCGGACGGACGCUGCCUGCUUUCUACUCCAGUUUGGGGGAGGGGGGGCAGGGAAUCGACGCUAGUCUCCUGUUACCCCCCCCCCCCCCCCCCCUCCUUUGGGAACCCUCGUCGUAUGAAUGCCCCUCUCUGAUUCUACCGUCGCCCAAAGGACUCCCUGUCUUUCUUGGAUUGUUCCUGCAUCUCCCACACUCAAGUCCAGCCCCUGGACAUAGAGGAGUGCUAUGAGGACGUCAGCCACCAGUUCCUGAGCUGUGACCGUUCUGAAUACACCCUGCAAGGGCCGGCAGGGGGCGAUGACAUCACAGGGCUGUCGGCUGAGCCGGCCCACUACCAGCUGCUGUCUGAGCUGGGGAGGGGCUUCAAUAACCUGAGCCAGGUGAACAUGGCGCGCCACAUCCCGACUGGCCAGCCUGUUGCCGUCAAACAAACCAACCUGGACGAGUGCACAGAAGAAGAGCUUCUGCAGCUCCUGAGUGAGGUUCUUCUGUCCAGGCGGUUCCGUCACCCCAACCUGCUGACAUCUCGCCUGGUUUUCGGCUCCUGCUGCAAACUCUGGGUCCUCACGCCCCUCAUGGCCUACGGCUCUGCAGACGCUCUGCUCCGAACAUAUUUCCCAGACGGAAUGAGUGAAUCCCUGAUCGCGUACCUGCUCUACGGCGCGCUGAAAGCCUUGGAGUACCUGCACCGGAUGGGCUACGUUCACCGGGGGGUGAAGGCCAGUCACAUCUUGCUGUCUGGUGAGGGGCAUGUCUACCUCUCGGGGCUCCACAGUGUCUACAGCUUGAUGCGCGAGGGGAAGCGGAUGAGGACGGUGUUCGACAUGCCCCACCACAGCCCCGCCCUGUUGCCCUGGCUCAGCCCCGAACUACUGCGACAGGACCUGCACGGCUACGGAGUCAAGUCUGAUAUCUACAGUUUAGGUAUCGUGGCGUGUGAGCUGGUCAGCGGCCGGGUGCCUUUCCAGGACAUGCCCCCCACUCAGAUGCUGCUUCAGAAGCUGCGCGGCUCCCACUGCUGCCUGCUGGAUGUGGCUCCCUUCCCGCUGGGCGAGCUGGGGGGGCUGAAGGUCUCGCGGUCCGGGGUGGACUCCGGCAUCGGGGAGAGCGUUGCCACCGGGAGCAUGACGCACAGCGCCGCGGCUCCACCCGCAGACCGACCCCAGAGCCCCGCGCCCAAAAACCACUCGGUCACCCUGCACAACCUGGUCGAGCUGUGUCUGCAGCAGCAGCCCGAGCGCAGACCGUCGGCAUCUACGCUAUUGACACACGCCUUCUUCAAGCAGGUGAAGAAGCACACCAGAGACACCUUCCUCAGCCUCAUGUACCCAGCAGUGCCCCUCAGCAGCCGCGAGGACCCUCCGAUAUCCUGCCCCCCCACCCUGUCCUGCCACGCCACGGUGUCGGCCUACGCUGAGGCCGCGUGGGACUUUUCCUAACACCCCCCCCCUUCCCCGUCCUCCCCUCCCCUAAAAAUCUCUUUACUAGCAAGCCAAAACACAGACAAUUGCAAGCAACAAGGCCAAAUUCUUCUGUGCUUUGAUUUCAUGUCAUCAACCCCGACUCUCAGAGCCCUUUUAUUUUUAUUUUUUAUUUUUAUUUUUUUAAAGUAGUUUCAUACUUUUUUUAAAACACAGGUUUCUCUGCAUAUGUUCAGAGUUUGCACAAACCAGCAGUUGACUUAUAAUCGCACAAUACUUGAGAGAGUUAAAGGAAAAGUCCACCCUCAAAUACUUUGUGAAAAACAGCAGUUUGUGAUAAGCAUAUGCAUUUUUUACAAUGUGGUUGUCAUACUUCUAUUGGCAGUGAUCAUUUUUUAUGUUACUGCACCUGUUCUCAAAGUAUUCUCCAAAAAGGGAGGACCUUGUUAACUGGAUUUAAAAAUGAUAAAAUAAUACAGGGAGUUAGAUAAUAACAGUUACUGACAAGGUAAACCCUGAGGCACAAGUGACGAUGCAGGGUGGGUUUGUCCUUUACAUUGUUUUUACGUAUUCAGACUGAAUAGAUACUGAGGUACAUGAGAAGAUCAUUACAGCACACGUGCAUAUAUAUUUUCAUCUACAUCAGAGUGGAACACCCAUGGCUGUAUUGCAAAUGGGAAGUGCUAAUUGGUCAUUCAGAGUACUUCAGUCAAACAGAAACGAAUGUGGGCUUUAAAAUCGGGGAUGAAAGUGAGUCAUGGUAACAUAUUACACAAAACGAUGGGAACUAUGGCUCUGCAACUUAGAGCAAAAAUAUGCUUUAUGUGUAUAAUUUUAAUCAAUUACGCUGAUUCCACACCCGCCCUAACUUGAGGCUUUAUUGGCUUGAGGCUUGUUUGCAUCAGAAACAACUCUUUUUACCAUCUCUGAAUGUUUCGAAAACUUUCCCCAAUCAAAUAUGCCACGUGUGUUUGCUGUAUGUUUGAACAUACAUCCACUGUUUUACUAUGUGUAUUGUCAUUUGAAAACACAAGACUAAUAAGAUAAACAUCUGUCCCACGUACGAGUUAGAAACCAUCAGUAGAUGAGUUAUUACUGUGACCACCUCUCCAACAAUGCCUUUAUGUAUUUAUGAAACCUGCGUUCUGAAUAUGGUGAUCCAUCCGUAACUGUGAUUAAGUGAACUGUGUAUGAGAACUGUGAUCUACACUACAUAUCAAACAUGGUAGCUGCGUAAGCCUUAUGUAUACAUACUUAUAAAUAUAUAUGUAACUACUAAAUUUGAUUUAUGAACUACCUGUUGAGCCUUGAAUCACUUUCUUUUUUGUAGUUGUGUGAUAAUAGAAAGGUGGUGCGAAUUCAGUAUCGUUUUAAACAAUACAAAAAGGACCUUUUCAUUUGCUUUGCAAAGUUUAUCAAAUGUUGGUACAAGUAUUAUACAUUACAAUCUAUGCGUGUGAAUAAUACCUCCACACACAAAUGUUAGCUUGGUAUCAGAUAUAUCAGAUAAUAGAAAUAAAUUGUUAUAAUCUGAAAGCCGAAA